AUGGACGAGGUCGAAAACCCGCAGGUCAAGGCUCCUGAGGAAGAGAGCGACAGCAUCGUCACACCAGCAAAAGACUCCGCCGAGAAGCUGCACCUCGACAAUGGCCCUGUCAAUCCACCUGCAGACCAGCCAACCUCCAACGACGCGUCUAAGCGACCGCUGUUGAAACGCGACUCGUCAGCACCGCCGCCCAAACAGCCUCCGCCCGCCGCGCCUGACGUCGACCCGAGCCAGGAUCCUCCUGAUUCUCUGACACUUGCCCAGCUCAAGAAUCUUCGUGCUGGCUUCCCCGUCCUACAAAAUCAACCUCAACAGCCUGUCCCGCUGUCCACUGUCUACGACUUUGAAUAUCGCGACUCGCAAUCCUUCCCCGUCGAGAUCGAAGAAUGGUUCACAUACAGCGAGAAAGAGAGGUCCAAGCUACGACAGAUCAAUGCUGCCUUCGACCAUGCAUGGAAGGCACACACUGCUCAAGAUCCUGUUCCCGACUGGACUGCCUCGCCGCAACUGGGCAUGAACUUUGUUGCCAACUUGCUUCAUGACCUGCAGCUGGGUUCUCCUCACCAACAGAAUACAGCUCUUCAGGUCUUGACAUACAUCUCUCUGGGCACAUGGGAAGAGACUGCUGGUAGAGAAACUCCGAAUCCUUUCUUUGCUGUUCUUGGUUCCAAUCAACCACAGGUCACAGCAGGCUUACCAAACUAUGCCGGUGCAACAUUUCAGAUCCAAAUAAUGAUCAACACUCUUUGCAUGCUGGCCCAGCAAGGCGCCGUGCCACUUGUCUAUUCUCUCAUGAAGUCUGUUUGCGAAAGGGACCUUACUGCUUCUGCUCAGAACGAAGACACAUCCAACUCAAAGUAUGCUGAGGGUGAUGAGAGUAUCGAUGUAUGGUGUGCUUUGACUCUCAUUUACUUGUUCGUCGAGUUGAGUCGUGUAGCUGAGGGCACGCUCGAUGCUCAAGUGUUGCACAGAGAGCUUGCUUCAAUCAAAUCGGAUUUGUUGGUCACUUGUGCGAACAUAAUUGCUCAAAUGAGAUGGGACGAUUUUGCUCCUGUCCCUCAGACGAAGAUUUUCUUGUUACUGUGGAAGACCAUUCUCAUUUCUUUCGGUGGUAUUGAGAAAGCCGACGAGGUCAAAUCCUCGUUUCAAGAGAAUGUCGGCGAGAAAGAUGCACGCGGUCAUCCCCUCAUCACAGCCUCCCCACUUGACUACCAUCUCUUCAGACAAGAAAUCACUUCGAAAUACCCUGCGUAUCAACCGCCUCCGCCAUUGUUUGCGUUCGAGCCUGAGAAUAACACCAUCUUGCCUCCGCUUCGUCACAGACAAACAAAGAUCGAUAGCAACGAUAACACUGCAUCGACUGGCACAGGUGUCCACGGCGCCUCAAUGUUGCAUCAAGCAGUGCACAUUGCCACUCCGGCACCGUCACCUCCACCUUCUCCAGCUGGCCCGGGGGGCAAAGGUGGAAAGAAGCAAAACUAUCAGACCAACCAGAUGUUCCCAUUCCUCUACCCACCCUUGGACGAAGCGAGCAACGAUCUAGGUGGCAAGGGCUCUACCGAGUUGCAGGACGCUUUAGCAGGCCGAAAAUGGAAAGGAAGUGACGUUCCAGCUUCUAUCCUCGAGGCCGCUGAUUUGUUCUCCAAACGUAUGAGGGCCACUAGAGCCAUGAAACAGCUUUGGGACACCAGAAUUGACUACAUGAGAUUCGAAAGGGGUUGGACAGAUGCCAACGAUGACUCUGAUGUAGAAAAGUUCGAUCUCUACGAGUCUCGAGAGAAUGGCUUUUCCUCAUCUGAGCAUGAAGAUGAUGCAAAGGAAGCACAGAAGUCCAAAGAUCAAGAGCCAUUGUCGGAAAACGACAGGAUUUUGGAGGCGGUCGCACAAUUCUAUCGAGAUGUGUUACCACAGAUGCAGUCUGUAGUCUUUGUGCUGCUCAAAGGCAUGGCGAGAGUCUAUGCAGAUACUACUGCCAAUCCACAAGCUCAAGCUUUUGAGAACGGUCAUGUUCCCGAUGGCAUAUCGAUAUCUGCGGAACAAGUCGAUGCUUCACGCUCUACAGAGAUCACCGGCAAAGCCGUGUCAUCCAUCUUGCUACUAUUGCUCAAAUGGUUCAAGUUGUCGCACAUCCUUCGAUUCGAAUAUUUGAACCAAUUACUCUUGGACUCUGGAUACAUCAUCGCAGUGCUACGGAUAUGGCAAUGGCAAGAUAUCGGUCGCGCCUGUCAUUUUAUGCUGGACAGACCAGAACUUGACUUCUUCAACUUCUGCCGCGCCAACUCCAGGAACCCAGCUCUGCCUGACUUCGUGACGAUUGAUGAAGCAGUAGAAUCCGAAGAUGAGGCGAUACCUCCACCUAUCAAAUUCCGCAGAGAGUCGGAAGCAAUUUCAGAGGUUUCGGCCAGCUCAGUACCACCAGACUAUACCACUCACCCACCCGAAGUCGAUGAACUGGGCUACCCGACUCAAGCCCCUCCUCCAGCGCCCAUUCAAAACUAUUCCUACCGAAACACUUUCACCUACAUCAACUAUUUGCGCGUACUUCAAAAGAUCACCCGCCGCAAGGCACAUCGCUCUCUGCUCUUGGUGUCUUACAAGUCGUCCAAUGUGCUGAAGAAGUCGCUGCGGGUACCUGUGGACAUGAUGAGAUACUACACACUUAAGCUCUUCAAGACCCAAGUGCCAUACUGUGGUCGCAAAUGGCGCCAGAGCAAUAUGAAGAUCAUUACAGCCGUCUGGCUCAGCGUACCUUCGGAGCUGCGCGACGAUUGGCUAUCCGGCGGUGGCGGUGGCAUGGGCGGCGCUGGUCCCGGAGACGUAGACGGAACUGUGGAGGAAGCUCUGCCUCUCGAGCAAUCGCUGCGUAGUCUUACUCACUGGUGGAAUGUACGCAACUACCCUGACAAGAUGGGUGUGGACAAGAAGCUACUUACUGAAGAGCAAGACUUCUUCGCCAGAGAGCUAGAGAAGAUGGAAUUGGGACGCAUAGAAGAUGAACUGCUCGAAGAGAGUAUGAUUGAGGAGGCAUGGACUCAGCCUAUGGACAAUUAUGCAUAG